AUGAAUGACACUCUUGAUCAAAAGAUCGGGAUAGAUUCGGCUGCAGAGCAAAACAGUGAGGACCUUAACCAUGGCCAGGUCGUGGGUUACAUCGACCCCGUCAAGGAGGCCAAAAUGAUGCGAAAGUUUGACUGCUGGGCAGUCGGUCUCCUCGGCAUUCUCUACAUGUUGGCAAACCUCGACAGGAGCAACAUCGGAAACGCACAGAUUGCGGGACUCCCUGACGAUCUGGGACUUGUUGGAAAUCAAUACGGAACGGCAGUAACAUUGUUGUACGCUACGUACGUUCCAUUCGAGACACCAGUCGCCGUUUUGCUCAAGAUUAUCGGCCCCAAAUACCUCCUGACAAGCUGCUGCUUCGCAUGGGGGAUCACCUGUCUCUGCACCGGCUUCAUACAGAACUGGCAAGGACUAUACGCUUGUCGGCUUCUCAUCGGAUUCUUCGAGGCAGGAUUGAUCCCGUGUAUCAACGUCUUCCUGGGCAUGACAUACAAGAAGUCGGAGCGUGGCAAGCGGUCUUCAGUAAUAUUCGCAUUCAGCGCCCUGGCCAGUGCUUUCGGUGGCAUCUUCGCGUAUGGUUUGACUCAGAUCCAUACCAAUUCCUUGUUCACGUCGUGGCGGGCCUUGUUCAUCACGGAAGGUUGUCUGACGGUGCUGAUCUGUCCGAUAUUCUUCUUCUUCUUCCCUGACUCACCAACAACGGCAUGGUUCCUGAAUGACGAGGAGAAGGAGAUGAUGAAUUUGCGUUAUCAGCUUGACCCCCAUUGGGGUGUUGUUGACGAAGAGUUCAGCUGGGAAGAAGUUGGCCUUGCUCUGAGAGAUCCCAAAUUCUUUGCCUUCUUCGUGUUCCAGUUCUCGGUCGACAUUUCGCUGUACGGCUUCACGACGUUCUUGCCUGCCAUUAUCAAGGGCCUUGGCUAUACGUCUGUCCAAGCCAACCUCAUGACGGUGCCGAUCUAUUUUUGGGGCUUGGCAACCUUCGCAUUUACCGCAUACAUGUCAGACAGAUUGCACAACCGUGGUUACUGGAUUGGUGGACCCUUGCUCUGUCUUAUAGUCGGAUACGCGAUCUUGAUCUCGGUUGACAGCCUUGCUGUGCGAUACUUUGCUUGCUUCAUCACUGUCAUGGGUAUUUAUCCCACAACAGGUAUGAGCUUAAUGUGGCUUAGUGAUAACGUAUCUCGCCACUUUAAACGGUCCACGAUGGUAGGAGCAACAUUGACCUUGGGCAACACGGCUGGUGUUGCCGUGGGCCAGAUCUUCGUUUCUGCCGAUAGUCCGAGGUACAUCAGAGGCCUGUCUGUGGCCAUGGGUCUUGCGGCUGUUGCUUUGGUUAUGGUGGCUUGCCUCAUGGUUGGCAUGAGCCUAGUGAACAAAAGGCGUGCUGCUAGGAUCGCUGCCGCAGAACAGGCGGGAAAUCCAUUGGCCCCUGAGCCGAAAAUGGGCGAUAUGGAUGUUCAUUUCAAGUAUAGUCUAUGA